GUCAGAAUUCGGUCGUGGAUUACGGACUAGUUCGGUACAAACUGUUCCUCUUGUGAUAGUGAAAAAGAAACUGGUCGGUUCGAUUAAAUUAAGUGGAUUGAUCUGAUUGGAAGUUGUGAAAGAAAAGUAUCUAACUAGUGUCAAUAAACACAGGAGCGUUAACCUCGGAUCACAACUACCAUUAGUGUUGGUGAUGAAUGAAGAUGGCCAGUUGGUGAGAUUUAUGUUGUCCGAAUGGAAAUCGCUUUCAUUUGAAUGAAGUAUGGAAAUUAACAACACCUGUUUUCGCUUAAGCCAUGGCAAGUGAAACGAUGCAAACAUUUCUAAAAACUCCCGUAAAUGGAUUACCGUUGAGUGACGGGGAACAAAAGAAUCCGAAGAGUAUUAUUAUUCGAGGAUAUCCACAGCUUCAUUGAAGCAAUCUACUGGCUCUGCUGGUAUUCCGGUAGUACAGGACCAGCGAAGCGAGCAGAUAAUCCUGGACUCGGGAGAAAUAGAAGCCCGGAAUCGAAUCGCAGAUUCUUUUGUAAUUCAAUUCUUCUGUGUGAGCUCAGAGUUGGAAAAGAUAUGCAGACACCGAACGAGGCAACCACCAGCUCACACUAAAGCACACAAAGUAGUCACCACCGGAAAACGCGGCUGAAUUUACUCCGGCAUCGCAAAUCAACAAGUAUUUGUUCAGUUUUCAACAUCGAAGACCGAUAAAAAUGGAUUUUGGUGCAUCAAAGAGCAACGGAGUGCAUGUGAGUGGAAAAGUUCCUGUCUGUUACGGCAUCCCGGAUGUGAGCAGGCCUGAUGCCGACAGGAUACCAUAAGCCAGCACCGAGCGUCGAACUCAAUAACGCCAACAUCGAGUCGUCGUCGUCGUCGUCGUCGUCGUCGUCGUCGUCAGAUUCGUCAGCUUUGCCAAGGUUUGAUUUGUAGCGCUGAUGGAAAUUUCUUUCGAUCUAUUGAUGCAGAAGAAAACUACCGCAAAUAGAACGGAGGUGGUGCCCCCAAGCAAGAACCAAGUGAGAGAGCGGUUCGUUAGGCAGUCAAAUGCAACGGAAUGUGAUGUAAAUUUGAUUGCAUUUUUGAUCGAAGUGCAUGAACUGUGGAAUCUAUAGUUAAAAACCGGUAUAUUGAAGGUGGCAGAGAAAUCCGUGAUCCUUGCUAGAUGUAGAUGGUGAAAUAUUUGUCAGUUCAUUGUGCGAAAUGUAGCAGUUUCUUCUGAAUCGUUUGCUUUUGAUUGAUUUGAUAUUUUUCUGCUUGAAAGAGUUAUUCUCGAUCUCCCGCAAAAAACCAUGAGCUUUACUUUAAACAGGUUUUUCAUCGAAUUUUAUAAAACUGCUGGAACUUUGACAAACUCACACUCAAUUUGUCAGAUAAUAAUUGGCAAAAAAUGAAAAAUAAUUAAAAAAAACUAGACAAAUAUCUCAUUCAUAAUUCUUCUACUUUUCAUUACGGUAAAAAUACCGAACACUUUCACCGACUGUUUCUCGCCUGCAAAAAAAAAAGUUUUUCCAACUGUUCACAAUAGCGGCCACUAUUGUUGAUUAGUUGCGGCGCGGAAUAUAAAGCGAACAAUGCAAACGAAAAUCACAAAUCAACCGGCAGUGCGAAGCUAAAACCAAGUGACCAAGUGUGGGUGAAAACCUAGCAGCGUAAAAAGCGUCACCCACUGCGGAGGAAACAAAUGGACUGUCAUGAAUUAUGAAAAUGAUUUAACGCUGGAGUCAAGCAGGACAAACAUCAGGAGCAGCAGCAGCAGCAGCAGCAGCAACAGUAACAGUAGUGCGCGAUGGACGGAGAAAACCGGAUCAUCCUCAACGUAGGCGGCAUUAGAUAUGAGACCUACAAGGCGACACUCAAAAAAAUCCCUGCCACUCGACUGUCGCGACUGACCGAAGCGCUAGCAAACUAUGAUCCAGUCUUGAACGAGUACUUCUUCGACCGACAUCCGGGCGUGUUUGCCCAAGUGCUCAACUACUACCGCACUGGAAAACUGCACUACCCAACGGAUGUCUGCGGGCCGCUGUUCGAGGAGGAGCUGGAGUUUUGGGGUCUCGACUCGAACCAGGUGGAACCGUGCUGCUGGUCAACCUACAGCGUUCAUCGAGACACUCAGAGCACUUUGGCCAUAUUGGACAAACUGGAACUGGAUGACGAGCAACCGUCGGAGGAGGCCAUCGCCCGGCUUUUCGGCUUCGAGGAGGCACUGCUCAACGGGGAGCUGACCUGCUGGCAACGGACGAAGCCGAAAAUUUGGGCCCUGUUCGACGAACCGUCGAGCUCGACCGGGGCUAAGAUCGUCGCGGGAAUAUCAGUUUUCUUCAUAUGCAUUUCUGUGAUAUCCUUUUGUCUGAAGACACAUCCGGGACUUCGUGUCGAAAUUCCGGCUAUUAUGAACCUUUCGAGCGGCGGUAGCAAUGCCCUACUAGCGAAUUUCACUAGCAUAGGUGGAGGUUUCCUGCCAAUUAACCCCCCGGGAGGAAGCAGUAGUAGCUACAACAUUAGUAGUAGCAGUAGCAGUAGCAGUAGUAGUAGUAGUAGUAAUAGUAGUAGCGGUAGUGGAACCGGUGCAAGUGACAGCAGUGGUAGUGAUGUUGACAGUGAUCAAAGUACACCUCGUCCUCCGCCCAGGAUAACCAACAUGGUGGGUUCGGCCAGCUUCGGCGGGGGUCUGCUGACUCAACGUUCCGGCCGGUUUAUCUCGUCCGCCUACCGAAUGCAGUCCGGCAAGGGACCCAAAAUUCUCGACAAUUGGCAGGAGACAUACGGACAACCGCACGAGGCAUUCUUCUACGUCGAACUGGUGUGCAAUGUUUGGUUUAUCAUCGAGCUGAUGGUUCGGCUUGUGGUAACACCGAACAUAUUCCAGUUCAUCAAAUCUCCGGUGAACAUCAUCGACCUGGCGGCCACCCUCAGCUUCUAUACCGACGUGUGCCAGCGGAUGGGCGAACAUACGGGACUGUUGGAGGCAUUUUCCAUUGUUCGAAUAUUGAGGCUAUUCAAGCUGACGCGACACUCGCCGGGUCUCCGGAUUCUGAUACACACAUUCAAAGCCUCGGCUAGGGAAUUGACGCUGCUGGUGUUUUUUCUGGUGCUCGGAAUUGUCGUGUUCGCCAGCUUGGUUUAUUACGCCGAAAAGUUGCAGGAUAAUCCGGAUAACCAGUUCAAGAGCAUCCCGCUCGGGCUGUGGUGGGCUAUCGUCACAAUGACCACGGUCGGAUACGGGGAUAUGGCACCGAAAACCUACGUGGGAAUGUUCGUGGGAGCCCUGUGCGCCCUGGCCGGUGUGCUGACCAUCGCCCUGCCAGUUCCCGUCAUCGUUAGCAACUUCUCUAUGUUCUACUCGCAUACGCAGGCACGCUCGAAGCUACCGAAGAAACGUCGACGGGUGCUACCGGUGGAGCAACCGCGCAGGAAGCGUGAACCCUGCCCCGCCAACCGGAGGGUAAAUGCCAUGAAGCACCAGCAUCACGGUCAUGCGACACAUCCCGCCAUCUUCAAGGAUGCUUUCGGUGGGGCGAAAAUCGGGCAUGUGAAUGGCGUGAACGUGAUAGGUCUUACGCUACAGGGACCAUCGGUUCCGGGAAUGGCCAUGAUGAAACCACCCUCAAUGCUACAGCAAGGUGACUUUAUUAAUGUGCCCCAGCUUAGCUCUCUGCAGCCCCGGCAGCCAACGACCGGCAACGUGGAUUUAUUGUUGCCAUUACAACCGAAGCUGUUGGUUCCGUUAGUGGACCGACGGGAUUCCAAUCGACCCCAGCCGGCGUCGAUGAUGGCGGCAUGCAGCGCAACGUCAUCCACUUCUGCAUUCCAAGAGGAGAUCCCUCUCGAACCGAAAGUCACACUGCAAAGUGAUUCGUAUUCAUUGAACUGCGACCAUGAUACUCCCAGCGGGGACGAGGUUUGAUGGAUCAAAGCUUUCUUGACGGUGCUCUGACUGUUGCGGAUUGCUGCUGAUGCUGUGGUUGCUGCUGCUUCUGGCGAUACGAAACAAUGGAAAUAUGGGAGAGAAUUCAUCUUCUGGGAUCAAUAUGGAUUCGUGCAUCUCACAUAGAAUACUAAACCAUGCAUCAGAAUCGGGACGAAAAUCAAUGGAAGCACAUGGUACUUUGUUCUUAAUUCGGUCGAUUAGUCGAAGCAAAUACAAAUGAAAAUGUAAACUUAUUUUCUCAUACGUAACUGAAGCCAAAAUUUAAAUACUAUGCCAAUUUGUGGUACAGACCAAGAAACUUUGAACGGAAAACGAUAGAUGAAUUUAGCAUAGCUGAACAGGAUCAUCGCCAAAGAUCGGUCAUAUUCCGGCACAAAAAAAAAGAAACACGAGAAACUAAUUAUCGCCGUUAAAAAAAUGACAAAUGUGAAAACAUGUGUAAUACUAUCAUGAGGCGCAAUAGUUGUAAAAAAUCACAAUUUCGGAAGUGGAACGGGUUGACUCUAAAGAAAAAAUAAAUAGAGGAAGGGAUGGCAUUCUGCUCGAAGAAUGGUACAAAAGCGGCAGCUGCAGCAACAGCAGUUAAUAUGAACGAAUGAAUGUAAUGCUGAAAAGUUUGUAGAUGAGCACUAUUUUUUUAUACCGGAAAGCACCCAACUAGAGUGGCAAAAGUUUGAGCAGAUAGAGAAUAUGGUAUUUCCUUGGGUGCAAGUUUCAGCGUAAUAAUCUUGGCGAAGAGAGAAUGAGACGGAAUAGCAGUUCAAACAUAAUAAACAGACCGAAAUUUGUUCCGAACCGACAAAACGGUUCUGCGGUAGAAAAGGAAUUGUUCACCACUAUUCAAUUAACCCGAGGAACAUAACAGAUUUGCGUACAUAGAUAAUAAAACUAAGGAAGUUGAAAAUGAAGCUCUAGAUGUACAGGUGUUCGAUUCAAAAUUGUGCGAUUCAUAAAUAUACGAAGAGGUAAACUUAUCCGUAGCUAUCGCGAAAUUAGUUUAAAAUUAUUUCCCCGCUGUCAACUACAAUUGAUAUUUAAGAGAUAAUUUUAGUGUAUAGUUAUGAUAUAAUAACAGAAGUUUUAUAAUCGAUCAAUAAAAAUAUAUUUAAUUGAUUACAAAGUAGCUAUUUCGAAACUCAUCAUACAGAGUACUUUCAUUGCUAGAGAACCUUUCUGGUAAGCUUCGGGAAAAAGCAUUGGUACAGCAGCAGCAGAAGAAUCUCUAAUCGUUGUUAGAUAAGUUGAGAAAAAAUAUACCAUCCAAACUUAGCCUUACAUAUUGAAUAAAGCCAUUCUAAAAUGAA